UGCACAAGAUGCCCAAGUGUCUGCCUUUGUGGAUCAGACAAGAAGCCAGAUGACGAUUAGAACUGGUCAUGAUGUAUGUGGGCCGGCAACUUUUACUGCAGGACGAGAAACCUCCCAGAAGUCCAGGGCCAAGGUGGACGAGGAGGGCCUGGAAAUUGCCGUUUGCAGACACGGAAUCUUGCUACAAGGCUUGAAUCACUACCGUGGAGAAAUUUAUGCUUACCCACUGUUCCUGCAGAAGGAGUUGGCUCAGGCUGCAAACAUCAAAUUCUUUUGUAUGGACCUCACUUGCAGGUAUUGGCCAUACUUGGAGAAGAUGGCAGAGAAGUUGUCAGAGCUCCAACCACUGACAGAGAUGAGGCCUUUUCUGUCUGUAAUGCAUGCCAAGGCUCACACUGGCAAAUGUGAGGUGAGGUGGGGUGGCAGAAACCAGGAUGGUGCAGGAAAUACGGUUGGUGAGGAGGUGGAGCAAGUGAACAGCUUUCUCUCAAGGGCAGCUCUGACCACAAAAUACAUGACCAAGUCAGGGAGAGCCGAUAUGAUAACAAUGCUUGCCAUGGGAUGGAACAACAGGAAGGUGGAGAGUCUACACAAGACACUGGCGAAGCGAUUUGUUAAAAUUACACAGAGAGCAGAAAAGGAAGCAGCAAAUCUUCAGCAUCUCCAGCAUGACCUCAACAUCACUUUGGAGGACACAGAACAGUGGAUUGAGGAUGUGAAGCAGUGGGCAGCCACUGGGAAACAUGGUGCUCAUAGUAGCCAGGAAGAACUCCAGAGAGAGAUUGAUGAGAUCAUCUAUUCCCUCAGAAGGAAGAAGCAUGAUCUCUACCGACAAAAUGUGGUGAGUCUCCGUUUGAAGAGGCGACUUUUUGACCAGGUCAUGCUGGUCAGGCGCAUGGAAGAGGAGAAACCAAUCCUUGUGAAGGAGAUGACUCAACAUUAUCAGUACCUGAGAAAGACAUUGGACAAACUGGACAACCUCCUCCAUCACACUGAAGAGAACAUCAAGAACCAUACUACUCCUACAGAUAUGACAGAGGCUGGAUACAGGGGACUGCACUGCUGUCUUCUACAGAAGAAAGACAUUCUUCAGAAGAAACUGAGUGCUGUCACCAGCACCUAUGCCCGUGUAGACACAGACCCCAGUGUUUUUAACAUGUUGGAAGAAGAUCUGGAGGACUUUGAAGAGGAUUACAGCAGUUCAGAACUUUCAGAUGAAGAAAUGUAUCCGCCCCUGGCAUCAAUACAUUUGGACAUGUGUGGGUCAUGCAGUUAUUACAUGCUGAAUAUGUCUACUUGUAUGGAGCACCCUCUCGGUAGGAAGCCACAUUAUAUUUAAACAAACUUUAAACCACUUUUUUACUCAACAACAAAAAUAGAUCCAAGUUACGAGCCCCGAAGUUCUGUUUUGAAACGUUGCUGAAUCCGUUCUGCCAUUGAACAUACCCUCUGUAGACUGCGAAACAGAGCGACUGAAAUAAGUGCUAAAAUAGCAUUAUUUAAUGUUUAUGUAAAUGUUUUCAUGUCAGCAAAUUAAUCAAAAUACAAAAAUAUACGAUGUAGUUUGAGUUUUUAUGUUGAAAAAUGAGUACAUAGAUAAUUUCGAAACCCUAAUGUGACAACCCUAAACCUAACCCGGAAGAAUACUUAAGGAACUACAAUUUGUACAGAGUUGCAAUAUGGAGAAGCGUGGUGCGCCACAUGUUUUGUAGUUCUGAACUGUUUUCCCUAUUAUGUGGUAAGAUUACAAGGAAGAUUGUAGGUUCUCCGUGGGUUUUUGAGGGUGGAAAACAUGUAUUUGUAAUCAAAUUUGAGAUUUCUUGUUGUUUAGAGGGUUAAAUUAUGUUUUUUAUGGGU